CCGGUCUGCCUAUCGGAAAAUGUGCAUAAGAACAGAGCUGAGAGUCGGGAGGAUCGUCUGUACUAAUAGCGGAGCAACCGAGAGAGCUUCAAGAUGGCAAGUACAGCGAUUGUGACUCCAGACUCCUCCACUGAUAAAUCCAGCCGUUUUUAUUUGGUUUCAUGGAUCAACAGCCUCCUGAAGACCAACUUCAAAAAUGUCCGGCAGACGGGUUCAGGUGCAUGUCACUGUCAGCUCAUGGACUGUGUUAUUCCUGGAUCUAUUGACAUGACCAAGGUGAAGUUUGAUGCACAGAGUGAGGAAGACUAUAGGCACAACUUCAGUCUCCUCCAUGAGUCCUUCAGGAAGAACGGUAUUACAAAGACCAUGCCAGUUGAGGAGCUCAUAAAAGGGAAUUUUAAAAGCAACUUUGAGGUCCUGAAGUGGUUCAAGUGUUUCCACAAAGAAAAUGUGACAAGUACAGAAUAUGACCCAGUGAAAGCUCGGAACAGCCAUGAAAUUACCCCGAUCGUGGCAACUCCUCAGAGAUCUAAAUUGGAAUCAGACACCGAUGAGAACAUGAGUAUAACAGUGACUAAGAAGACUAAGAUUGGGACAGCUUUUCAAGUUGAUAUGCUGCCCAUCCUUGAUGUAGCCAGUAGCCUGCUAUGCACCUACAACUUAUCCUUAAGAAAAAGAAUUUCACCUGUCAAGCCUUUGCCUCAGUCUCAAGGUUGCAUUGCGGAGGAGCUGCUUUUAAAUGACUGGGUGCUAAACAGAAUCACUCAGCUGCUGAACUGUCAGAACAGACUGAAAGUGACAGGGAAAGCGGUGGGGGAGCUUGGAGCCAAGCUGGGAAUCUGCAACGAGAAUGGCCUGAGUGUGACAGUGAAGCAGUGUGAGGUCCGCCUUAAAAAGAUAAACCAACCAAUGAAUGGACAUGAUGGCAGUCCUGGAGAGAAUGGAGCUUCAUGGAAAGAGGGGACCAUUAGGGGAGGUUAUGACUGGGAGAGCAGCUUGCGCCAGAAGCCACAGGCCCGUACAGUGUUUCAGGCUGGUGCUAGCAACUGGUGCAAACCCGUAGCUCUUGAUAAGGACCGCGUAAAUGGUCGGGAGUCCCAAGAUGAGGUGGUGGAUGAAACAUCACCAUCCAGUAAACCCACACCGACCAGAGGACGACGGAAGCCUGUCUACCAGGAUGGUAAAGGGUUUCUGACAGGAGAGCUGGUGUGGGGGAAAGUGCAGGGGUUUUCCUGGUGGCCUGGGAUGGUAAUGCCUUGGAAAACCAAGUCUGUUCCUCCGGGUAUGCGGAGGGUGGAGUGGUUUGGUGAUGGCAUGUUCUCAGAGGUCUAUACUGAGGGCCUCCUGCCAUUUAGUGCCUUCACUAAGUGCUUCUGCAAAAACUCCUUUGCCAGCUUGCCUGUCUACAAGGAAGCCAUCUACCAAAUCAUUGAGUUGGCAGGUGAGCGGUGUGGAAAGUCUUUUGUCAAGGCAAAAGGUGAUAAAGAAAAAGAGCUGAAGCUGAUGCUGGACUGGGCUUUUGAAGGAUUUCUGCCUACAGGACCCGAAGGAUUUUUACCUGCUGGUAUGGAUUCUGCUGCACAUAUUGAUUCAUCUGACUCUGCCCUAUCUGACUACCAGCCCCCAGCAAAAAGGAAAUCUAUUUUAAAAAAUAAAUCAAAUGCCCCCGGCAUCAUCGAUACUAGAGAAUCAAUAAUAGAAAAGCUCAAAGUGAAAGGCAACACAAUUGAAGAUUUUUGUUUGUCUUGUGGGUCAUCUGAGAUUGAAGUGCCGCACCCAUUGUUUGAAGGUGGUCUUUGUCUAAGAUGCAAGGAGAACUUCUCAGAGACAUUGUACCGCUACGAUGAGGACGGCUACCAGUCGUACUGCACUGUGUGCUGUGCAGGUUUGGAGGUCAUCCUGUGUGGCAUUACCAGCUGCUGCAGGGUACUGGAGAGGAGGAUCCGACCGAUAGUCGAACCUCGGAUUCUGGAGGAGCAGUCUGGUUUUCGUCCCAGUCGCAGCACACUGGACCAGCUCUAUACCCUCCAUCGAGUGCUUGAGGGCUCAUGGGAGUUUGCCCAACCAGUCCACUUGUGCUUUGUGGAUCUGGAGAAGGUGUUCGACUGUGUUCCUCGUGGUGUCCUGUGGGGGGUGCUUCGGGAGUAUGGGGUACGGGGCCCUCUGUUAAGGGCUGUCCGUUACCUUUACGACCGCAGCAGGAGCAUGGUUCGCAUUGCCGGUUUAUCACAGGAGCCUCACAGAGUUUACCCCUCCAUCCCUGCUGAUCAGCGCAGACCAAUCAAAGUGCUCUCACUUUUUGAUGGCAUUGCAACAGGAUACCUGGUGCUCAGAGACCUGGGCUUCAAGAUGGAGCGAUACAUUGCUUCAGAGAUUUGCGACGAUUCGAUUGCUGUGGGGAUGGUCAAGCACGAGGGCAAGAUUGAAUAUGUCAAUGAUGUUCGCACCAUUACAAGAAAACAUCUGGCUGAAUGGGGUCCAUUUGAUCUUCUGAUUGGAGGCAGUCCAUGUAACGACCUCUCCAUGGUCAACCCUCUUCGAAAAGGAUUAUUUGAGGGCACUGGAAGGCUCUUUUUUGAGUUUUACCGCAUACUGACCUUGCUGAAGCCGAAGGAGGAUGACAACCGUCCGUUUUUCUGGUUGUUUGAGAACGUGGUUUUCAUGAGCGCCAACGACAAAUCAGAUAUUUGCAGAUUCCUCGAGUGUAAUCCAAUUCUUAUUGAUGCAGUGAAAGUCAGCCCUGCUCACAGAGCGCGCUACUUUUGGGGAAACCUACCAGGCAUGAACAGAACGCUCGCUGCAUCUCUAGAUGAUAAAGUGUCUCUACAGGAUUGCUUGGAAAAUGGACGCCAGGCAAAGUUUGACAAAGUCCGCACUAUCACAACAAAGUCUAACUCCAUAAGGCAGGGGAAACAGGGCUCGCUACCUGUCACCAUGAAUGGCCAGGAGGACUACCUGUGGUGCACUGAAAUGGAACAGAUCUUCGGCUUCCCCAAACAUUACACAGAUGUGAACAACAUGGGCCGAAUGCAAAGGCAGAAAGUCCUGGGUCGCUCCUGGAGUGUCCCUGUAAUUCGUCACCUCUUCGCUCCACUGAAGGAUUACUUUGAAUGUGAAUAACAACAAUGACGUGAAUCUUCACAUCAGAUCAGCAGUGGUAAACCUAAUGCCUUAUCCUGCCCUGUGUUACUAGGUUGUUCAAACUCUCCAUUCUCUCUCUGAAAAACCUAAUUUAGUUUUCACUAUUUUGACAUUUACAAAUGUUUUGCUCAUGAGCCUCUUCAAUCCUGUGAAUUAUCAUCCAUGGUCCUCUGUCACCAGCAGGCACAGACACUGUUCACUUUAGGUUUUUUUUUACAGGUUUACUUUGAGAAAUGAUGGUGCUCAAACAGUAGCGUUGCUCAGACUACGGGCCUGUGUCACAAGUGAGAUGAGACGGUUACUCAGAUC